AUCAGGAUAUGAAGAUAAUUAAAGAGAUACCAGAAUUUACACUGAACAAAAAUUUUCAACCACGGGCAGGAAGAAUUCCACAAUCAUGGAUAGAUAGUAAACCUGAUAUUGUUGAAGCUACACCAAGAAAGCCCAACCAGAGGUCUAGUGCAAUUAAACCAACAAUACAGCCAAUAUUUGAUCCAGAACUGCCUCCGCCACCUCCGAAGAGUUCUGUUUUCGGAAAGAAGGAAAUGGUGUCUAUUCCUGAUAGUAAAUCUUCAGUUUCAGAUUUGACAGCUCCAAUUACAACUGAAGAUUUGACACCAAUUGAAGAUCAGCAGGCGGCUGAUUUUCAAUUUCCGCUACAGCCAGAAGAAGUGGUGUCACCUGAAAAUUCUCAGCCAUUCAAAGUUGCUGAAACUGCGUCGAACCAUGAAUCGUUACCAUCUCAAUCUCUUUCAGAAACAGUUUCAAUGGAUCAAAAAUUGACAUCAUUUGAUAUCCAACAACCUUUAAUUCCGUUGGACGAAGAACCCCCUCCGCCACCGCCUCAUUUUGAUAGAUCACCAACGAUAAACUUUAAACAAGAUAAAGGAAUAUCCCAAUCGGAUCAGAGUCUACCAGAUGUGCUUAACACAUCACCUCCGGAAAUUUUACAACCAGGAGGUCAACAAUUUAAUGCUGCCUUUUCAGAACAGCCACCUUCACGUGACCAACAAAUAUCAGAUGUUGAUAAAAAAAUAUGGGACUCAAUGUCAGACCCAAUGCUUUCACAUACCAUCGAAAAACAAACGCCACCGUUCAACUCGGAAACAUUACCCAUAAAACGGAAAGCAGCAUUAGAAUCUGACAAAACUUUUGAGGAUCAACAAUUGUCUUUUAUACCAGAUGAGUUACAACCCGAUAGUCAUCAGUUAUCAAAUACUAGUGAAGCUGAAUUUCUUCAAACGAAUGUGACGACAUUGUCGGGGUCAUUAUCAUUUGAAAAACAAAAUCUGACAGACCAGAGUAAUCCUCGAAUGGAAAAAAUGCCAACGACAUCAAUACUAGAGCACAUGCCAUCUCUUAAUCAAGAGACAGGAUCAGAAUUUACAACAAACAGUACUGCAGAGUUUACAAUAGAUAGAACUGCAGAGUUUACAGUAGAUAACACUACAGAGUUUACAGUAGAUAACACUGCAGAGUUUACAGUAGAUAACACUACAGAGUUUACAGUAGAUAACACUGCAGAGUUUACAGUAGAUAACACUACAGAGUUUACAGUAGAUAACACUACAGAGUUUACAGUAGAUAACACUACAGAGUUUAUAGUAGAUAAAACUACAGAGUUUACAGUAGAUAACACUACAGAGUUUACAGUAGAUAACACUACAGAGUUUACAAUAGAUAACACUUCAGAGUUUACAGAAGAUAACACUACAGAGUUUACAGUAGGUAGCACUGUUGAUCAAACAAUCCCGAUUUCAGAAAUAAAUCAAUUAUCAGAAACUAUAAAUAAUACAAUGAACGAAGAAAUGGCAUUACUACGACCCGAUCAAUUACAAUCUGAACAACAACAGCAACUGAACAAUAGUAUGGAAUCAAGUAAUCAGCUAUAUUUGGAUAUAUUGCAGCCUGAAGAAUGGUUGAUAUCAGAAAAUCAAACCUUAAUGCAAACGCUAGAACAAAAUAUUACUGGAAGUGAACAGACAGCUGAAAUUAAAGCAUUGAAUCUAUCUGCUGUAUCGGAACAAAUGUCAGUUGAAGGUCAAUUAAAUUUCCCGGUGGAUCAGAAACUAAUGCCACCAGUCUUAGAAAAUGUGAUUUCAGAAGAUCAGAAAUCAGAAGAUACUGAAGGUGCAUCCGACAAGAAUAAAAAUAUGGUGACUUCAAUUUCAGAUCAGGAAAUAUUCGAAAACGGUUCAUUACCUAUAGAAUCUGUAAUGCUAGAACAAUUAUAUUCAGGAAUCCAAAAUUCAUCAGAUAGUGGUAAACCGCCAAUGAAGAAACAUAAUGAAGAGUUUAUUUCUGAACAUCAGCAAUUGCCAGAUUCAAACAUUACACAGUUGUUUCAAGACAAUGAAAGAGUAAAAACUACAAUGGAGAAUGAAAUGCCAACUGAAAAUCAAACUAUCACGGAUACAAACGGAACAACUUCAAUGUUGGAUCAGUUACAUUUUAAGGGUCAGCAUAAUGAAUCACUUAUAUUGGAAGAAGCAACAGAUCAGCAGCUAGAACCUUCUUUACCAAAUACGUUAAUAUUUGAAGAUAAUGAGGUGUUAGAUAUUUUGAACACGGUUGAAGAUUUAAGUGAAGUUCCAAAAUCAGAUAGCCAACCUUCACAAAACACUAGCAUAAACGAUACAAAUCAGACUCAAUCUAUUCUUGAGCAAAUACAAUCUGAUGGUGAACAUUUACUGGGUACCAAUAAAGCUGAAGUUGAAAUGCUGACAGAGGACAUUAAACUUACAACAUUAAAACCAGAUCCAGUACUCAAUAUAGGUAUAAAGUCAAUAGGUAUCGAACACACAACGAAAGGAACCACACCACUCAAUGCAAAACAUUCGUUAGAGGUAUCUACGAGUACUCAGCAGCCAUCGCGUUCAGGGCAAAUGUAUUCUGAACUACAAGCAUUGUCUGUAACUGAUAAACAACAACAGACAUCUGUAGAAGUUUCUAAUUUGCAUGAAGAUCAAACCAUUUCUCGUGUAGAUGAAACGGAAAAAGAAAAACCUCAGACUAUCCCAGAAAACAUUCAGCCACGUCAGGAUCAGAAAAAAGAGCAAGAAUUAGAUAUAAUGAUGGAUAUACCUCCACCACCACCUAGACGUAGAACAGAAUUUGUAGAGAAAGAAAAUUACAAUUUACCACCAUCAUUAAAUGUGUUGGCCGAGAAUAGAAGGAAAGGAAUACGUCAGUUUUCAAAACAACCUCUACAGAGCCCCGAGUUACCCUCUGAAUUACCGCCACCAGCACCAGGUUCUACCAAACAUGAAACCAAACAUAUAACGAAGGACAAAUCUAUGGCAUUGCCAAAAGAAACGAGUUUAUUGAAAUCACAACAGGACGAGACGGAUAUUGCAAGUCAAUCGAUUGAUCAAUCUAAAUAUUUAGCAUUACUUAACCGGAACUCGCAAUAUUACCAGUCAAUGUGGAAAAUUAAAGAAAAACAGCCGUCAACAAAAAUAAAAGCACAGACUUCGCUAAAUUCUAAAAACCAGAAACAAUCUAGUAAUAAUGCGGUCAGAAACAUGAUAAAUAUCAUUGAACAGGUUAGAACUAGGCCUAAAAAAGUUGACUCUUUGACCUUUUUUGCACCAGGUGUGCAUAGAACUCAGACCCAUCAUAAUACAAAUCUUAAUAGUAUUUUGAAAAGACAACGUUCGAUACCAACUCUUUCAAAACAAACUAGUAGUCAUCAAGUCGUGAAUCAAAAGAGAAAACAAAGUAUUGGUGUUGGCAUACCAUCUGCAGUAUAUAUACCAGGAGUUCCUUAUAUAUUACGUCGUAAACGUUGGAAUAAGCGUAAUCUACCACGGAAAAAUUCUCAAAGAAUUGCGCACAUGGCCGAAACAACUGAACCAUCCGUUGUUCGACAAUUUAUAAGCGGCGAUAUUCAAAAACACAUUGCCUUUAAAACUGCAGUUCCAAAUCAAGAACAAUCUGAUAAACUACAAGAAAGAAUGACAGGAAGAAAGAAAUAUGUAGAAGAAAAUGUGUAUUCAAAUAUUCCAAUGAAUAAAAAAUAUUCGAUUAACGAUCUGCGCAUAAGCAAACUUAAUAGACUGAAUGAUAUUAACAAAUAUUCAGAUGUAAAAUAUCCAAAGAAUUUAGAGCAGAAUGUUGACAUUUAUUUCCAGAAAAAUAGUUAUAAUUCACACAAGACUCUACCUCAACCAAUAAAUCAGAUUAAGGAUUUUAUCUUACAUGGGAAAGUUCAUCGAUCCAGAAAAUCAGAUAUUAAGCACGCAGAAAAGGUGCGUGCAAACUUUCAGCAGAAUAAGAAAAUAUGGAAUAAAAAUGAUGACCCACCGCCGAUCAUUUUACGAACGGCAGAUGCAACCGUGUUUAAGGUCUCGUAUACUCCACCGCCACCACCACCACGAAAAUAUAAAGCACCAACAUUGCCUUCGCCUAAUAAAAUGAAUAAACCUCUUCUGAAAAAUAAUCUUCUUUCUUUAAAGCAAUUUAAAUCGAAGGAAAUAACAUCCAACAAUGUGACAAAAACCUCAGCGUCAUCUGAGUCAUACACGAAAUCAGUAGUCUCGGUAAAUGGAAAUUCUUCACCAGAAAUUAACCCAUCUUACACAAAAGAACUCUCAAAUGCUUCUGAAACGUGUGUCAACUGUACAUACGUUAGUAAUUUCUGUUACAUGAGAGAACCUACCAACUGCAACCGAUUCAUUGUAUGUUAUAAACAAGGACAUAAACUAAGAGCCACAGAAAAAGAGUGUUCAUUUGGUCUGUUCUGGAGUGAGAGUAAGCUAGCAUGCACACAAUCAUCAAGAGCAGAUUGUGAAAUAGAUCCAUGUAGGACGAAAGGUGUCAGAUCCCAUCCAUAUAUUGGUAAAUGUCGAGCAUAUUGGACAUGCCGAAGACGUCGUUCAGAUGCAAGAUGUUGUCCGAAUGGAUAUGCAUAUGGCGGUGGAAGAAACACUUGUGUUCCGAGUAAUGACUGUAAAACAAAUUGCUAUACAAAGACGCCCGAAGUUCUUAAUGUGUGCCCACUGAGAAAAGUUUCUGACUCCCCGUUUAAGUAUACAGAUGGUGGAAUGGUUCGUUCCUGUGCUCCUGGUACACGGUUUGAAGAAUCCAUGUGUGCAUGUAUUAGGAGCAAUGCUGGUAAUAGACCAGUCGAAAAGACGCAAACACAUUUAGAUAAACCUUUUCAAUGUGAACCGGCCAUAAGUCUAGAUUUUAGCGGAUCUUCCAAUGAUGCUUUCGAUGAUAAAUCUGGACACAGCCAAUCUAUUGGUGUAUUUAAUGUCCUUCAGACAAUUAAAAAGCAAGCAAUGUUUAAUGGACGUGGGAGCCUAAAACUGUGGCGUUUUUCGAAUGUAGAACUUGGUCCUGAAUUUGCCUUGCGUUUUAAGUUUUACGCACAUGGAAGAUCGUAUCGUUCUGAAACGUUGUUAUCAAAUUGUAUUGGGAAGAAGGAGGCUGCAUUUGACAUUAGACUUGAGACAGAUAUACUAGAGACAGUGUUUACUGUAAAGACAUCUGAAAGUCCUGAAGCAUAUAUACGAAUUUUUUACAAGCCAUACCAAUGGAACGAAGUUAUUCUUCGAUAUGAUGGUGCCAGUUUCUCAGCUGCUCUUGGCAAAGUCUCAAAAACGAUUUUUGUGGAAGGUGUAAUACCGACAAAACAUGCUGCUAUAUCUGUUGGUGGUUGUGAUCAAGACGAUGGUUUUGUUGGAUACAUGGAUGAUGUGAUAAUAUACAACGGCUGCAUACCAGAAGAUGUACGAGGUCUUGUGUUUGAAUAAAAUAUGAAAAUCCUAACAGUGUGAAACUAUCGGAAAUUGUUCAUACGACAUUGCCAUAUAUAUGUUCAUUGUUUAUUAUUCUUUACAUUUGGAUAUAUUCAUUGCAGUAUGUGUUAUAUUUGCAAUUAAUGAGGUAAUGGAAAUCGAGAAAACAGUUGACUAAUGUUUCACCACAAUGAGUUGCGUUUCCUAACAAAGAAACUGAUAGACAAACCAAUUGAAUGAAAAAUGAUGUAUUUACCAACGCUAUAAUAAGUUGUUGUCUUUAGAUAAUUGAAUGUUUUGAUCCUUUAAGGAAUAUGAUGUUCAUUGUGGAUAUUUGAUAGUCCCGGUUUCUGAACUUGGGGCGAUUGAGAGUUUGACAAAAUGUAUAGACAUUUGUCUACUAUGGAAGACCGGAUAAAAGUUUCUUGAUUUUUUGUUGUUGGUUUUUUAUCCCUUUGACAUAUUUCCAGUAUUUAUAACUAACUAUGUUUGCCUAUUUACCAGUCAACCAUCUUCUCGAUGAACAGUUCCUAUAUUGUCAUUUUAAACAUUUCCAUUGCCAUAAUAUGUGUAUAUUGUUACAUGAUUAUAUAUAUUUUGUAUUCAAAUAGAUAAGUGCAUGUGCAAAUCAUAACCUAAAGAUAACUCACAUAUAUAUGAGUAAUGUCUAACUCAAUCAAAAAUGGCCAGUUAAUGUCAUCACUUAGUUCCUGCUUCCUGUCUCACUUUAUUCGUUAUUAUUAAUUUGCCCAAUCGGUCAAUUUUCUGUUGAAAUCCUCACAUUGGUAGAAAAUACAAGUCAUCCGAAAUAGCGUUAUCUUUGGUUCUCGGUGUCUUUAUUUUAGUACUUAUUUUAAACAUGAUAUAGAACAUUUAGAUUUUCAUUAUUUCAUACUAAUGGAUAAUACUAUUUAUGGAAUAGACAAAAUGGAAUAAGCAAUUUCAAAAUCUGCAGUCACCGAUCCUGAGUAGUCUAAAUAGUUCAUAUACUGUUUCACUAGCCUGUCAACACCGCGGUUGUGAGUUCGAAUCCAGCAAGUAGCAGGUGCGUUCCACUCUAAUUUUAAUUGACUAAGAUUGUCAGUUUUCCUACCGAAGGUCGGUUGUUCUCUCUGGACAUUCUGACUUCCUCCACCAUUGAAAGGUGGCCGCCACGCAUGAGAUAGCCUACAGUGCUGAAAAUGUCAUUAAACACUAACAUUCAAUCAAUCUAUCAUAUAGACGUCUUUUGUUAUCUUCUAGAUCUAAUUGUAGAAACUAAAUUCAUAUUAUACUUUAAAAAAACCAACUGAAACUUGAACACACCAUUUACUCGCGUUAUUUUUUAAUCGUAUCAUUUCCACUUCUUUGCCAUGUACGUACAUAUGUCGUAAAAUGAGCAACCAUACAUGUACUAACCUGUUUAUGGCACACGUGAAACGUGUCAUGUACAGAUUUGUUAUUGAUUUUGCAGUCGUUUUUCCACUGUGUUGUUAGCAUUUCAUUAAAAUAAAAAUCCUCAUUGAAAGGUCGUCAUAUUCAUAGAUGUUCUUACAAGUUUCAAUUAAAUUGUUCACCAGUUGUUGAUCUCUCAUUGAAAAUGCGAACGUCUAGAGAAAUUAUUUUAAAUAUUAAAAAGAAAAUAUUUGUGGGAUCGUAUAUCUAUGGUGAUAGUUUUACCUUUACGAAAUGAAGGUUUAUAUGAUAAGUUUAACUAAGAAACACCGACUUGGGUGAACCUAUACUUUUGCAUUCGUUUUUCCAUAUAAUUUGAUUAAAUGAACACAAUAUUUAUUUAUUUUUACAUUG